UAUUGUACAAUAUUUUAAAUGAAAACUUCUUUUUUCUCAAUUCUUUAAAGCCCUAGAAAAACAGUUUAAAGUAAAUUUGACCAUAAUAAACAGUAAUAGAUGCUUUUAUAGUCAUUUGAGUUAUAUACUAUUGAGAGAGAAGUGCUUAAAGAGCUUGAUUCUUUGUCUAAAAAGCAUAGCAUUUAGUUUUUUCCAUCUUAGCCUGGCUCUAAAUCUAAAAUAAAAAAUGGAAAUAAUUUUAAAAUAUCCUUUCCUGUUAAAAAUAAUAAUUUAAUACUCUCUCCUAAAGAGAUAAAGUAGACCCAAGAAAAUGAGUAGAAACCAAGUAGAUUUAAUCAUUUUGAUGCUUUUCAAAGCACAUUAAAAGAAUAAAACAAUAUCUAACAAGAUAAAAUCAGUAUAAAUAGGGAUUUUAAUGAGAACAAUUAAAAAAAAAGAAUAGUUAUUCAAAAGAAAAGCUGGGUUUCUCCAAUUGUAUAAAAAUAGAAUUAAUUAAAGCGCUAAUAACAACUACUACAUUAAAGGUAAAUAUAAUCUAUUUCUACUAAUAGAUCAUAAGAUGUUUCUUUUCAAGUUGAAGCUACUUCCUCUUCAAUUUAUUCAUUAGGAGAUAAAAAGAAGUGCAUAGAGCAAGUAAAAAAAUAAAGUCACUCAUUUUACGGUGAAGCAAAAGCAAAAUCAAAUGAUAAUAAUAAAAAUAUGUCUCAAUUAGCACCAACUUAAUUGAGUAAUUUAUGCCAUCUACCCAGCUUUAAUAGUUCAUUUAGGGUAUAAAAAAUGAAUAAACAUUCUUUCUGUUCAUCUAACAGGAACAUAGAUAGAUAGAGGAGUCUUUCAAACACAAGCUACAGCUUAUUAGAACCUUGGGUUAAGUAAGAGCUUUAUAAGACAAUUACAGAACCUAAAAAUAAAAAUAAUAAUUCGUUUGAUUUUUACUUUUAUGAUGAUAACAUAGGAGUAAAUGUAAAAACUGAUGUGUCAUUUUACAAAAAAUCAAUUGACUUAAAAAAGUGA